AUGGAAGUACUGAUGGUCUGGCUUUUCCCUUGGAUCUUUCAGUGUCUUUCCGUGCGAGCCGACUCGAUCAUCCACAUCGGUGCGAUCUUCGAAGGCAACGCGGCCAAGGACGACGAGAUCUUUAAGCAGGCGGUGGCCGACCUCAGCCUGAACGAUGACAUCCUGCAGAGCGAGAAGAUCACUUACACCAUCAAGCUGAUCGAAGCCAACAACCCUUUUCACGCCGUGCAGGAAGCCUGUGACCUGAUGACCCUGGGGAUUUUAGCCUUAGUGACUUCUACUGGUUGUGCCUCCGCCAAUGCCUUGCAGUCUUUGACAGAUGCCAUGCACAUCCCUCACCUGUUUGUUCAACGCAACACAGGCGGUUCUCCACGGACGGCAUGCCACCUGAAUCCUAGCCCAGAGGAAGAAGAGUACACCUUAGCAGCCCGGCCACCUGUGCGACUCAACGACGUGAUGCUGAAACUCGUCACCGAACUGAGAUGGCAAAAAUUUAUAGUCUUCUAUGACAGUGAUUAUGAUAUCCGUGGCCUACAAGGAUUUCUGGAUCAGGCUUCAAAGCUUGGACUUGACGUGUCUUUACAAAAAGUAGACAGAAACAUCAGCAGGGUUUUUGCCAGCCUUUUCACUUCCAUGAAAACCGAAGAGCUGAACCGCUACCGAGAUACGUUACGGAGAGCCAUCUUACUUCUGAGCCCAAGGGGAGCACAGACAUUCAUCAAUGAGGCUGUGGAAACUAAUCUGGCUUCUAAAGAUAGUCACUGGGUCUACGUAAAUGAGGAAAUCAGUGACAAUGAAAUCUUAGAACUGGUACACAGCGCUCUGGGACGGAUGACCGUCAUACGCCAGAUCUUUCCCGUGACACGUGAGAACAAUCAGCGGUGCAUGAGAAACAACCACAGGAUAUCAUCCCUGCUCUGUGACCCACAGGAAGGUUACCUUCAAAUGCUUCAGGUCUCCAACCUCUAUCUCUACGACAGUGUCCUCAUGCUGGCCAACGCUUUCCACCGAAAGUUGGAAGACCGGAAAUGGCACAGCAUGGCCAGCUUGAAUUGCAUGAGAAAAUCAACCAAACCUUGGAACGGAGGCCGAUCCAUGUUGGAGACGAUCAAGAAGGGUCAUAUCAGUGGAUUGACGGGCAUUAUGGAAUUCCAAGAAGAUGGUGCCAACCCCUAUGUCCAGUUUGAGAUCCUUGGAACGAGCUACAGUGAAACGUUUGGGAAAGAUGUCCGAAGGUUGGCAACGUGGGACUCGAAGAAGGGGCUGAACGGAAGUUUGCAAGAACGGCGUUUGGGCAGCGACCUACAAGGAUUAACACUGAAAGUGGUGACUGUCUUGGAAGAACCAUUCAUUAUGGUGGCUGAGAAUAUCCUUGGGCAACCGAAACGUUAUAAGGGCUUCUCCAUUGAUGUCCUGGAUGCUCUUUCCAAGAAUUUGGGCUUCAAGUAUGAGAUCUAUCAGUCUCCUGAUGGAAAAUAUGGACAACAGCUCCAUAACAGCUCCUGGAAUGGCAUGAUUGGCGAACUGAUUAACAAGAGAGCUGACCUAGCCAUCUCCGCCAUCACCAUCACCCCUGAACGAGAGAGCGUGGUCGACUUCAGCAAGCGCUACAUGGAUUACUCUGUAGGCAUUUUGAUCAAGAAACCGGAGGAGAAGAUCAACAUCUUCUCCCUCUUUGCCCCCUUUGACUUUGCUGUGUGGACUUGCAUAGCUGCUGCGAUCCCGGUGGUUGGGGUCCUCAUCUUCGUGCUGAACCGAAUCCAAGCAGUCAGAGCCCAGAACUCCUCUCAAUCUGGAGCCUGCACUUCCUCCACGCUUCACAGCGCCAUUUGGAUAGUGUACGGAGCCUUCGUUCAACAAGGUGGUGAGUCUACAGUCAAUUCCAUGGCGAUGCGGAUUGUAAUGGGGAGUUGGUGGCUCUUCACUCUUAUUGUAUGUUCAUCUUAUACGGCAAACCUAGCGGCAUUUCUUACUGUCAAUAGGAUGGACAAUCCAAUUCGAACAUUUCAGGAUCUUUCCAAGCAAAUGGAUGUCUCUUAUGGCACCGUCAGGGAUUCAGCCGUUUAUGAGUACUUUAAAGCGAAAGGCACCAACCCUUUAGAGCAAGACAGCACUUUUGCUGAGCUGUGGAAGACCAUCAGUAAGAACAAUGGGGCUGAUAACUGCGUAGCAAACCCUUCGGAAGGUAUCAGAAAGGCCAAGAAAGGCAGCUACGCAUUCUUGUGGGAUGUGGCUGUGAUAGAAUAUGCAGCCUUGACAGAUGAUGAGUGCUCUGUGACUGUGAUUGGAAAUAGCAUCAGUAGCAAAGGGUACGGACUGGCUCUCCAACAUGGCAGCCCGUACAGGGAUCUUUUCUCGCAAAGGAUUCUAGAACUACAAGAAGCUGGGUACUUGGAUGUCUUCAAGGAGAAAUGGUGGCCACGGAUGGGACGCUGUGACCUGAACAGCCACACCAACGCUCAGACAGAUGGGAAAGCCUUGAAGCUGCACAGCUUUGCAGGGGUCUUCUGCAUCUUAGCCAUCGGCCUACUCCUGGCCUGCCUGGUGGCCGCCCUUGAGUUGUGGUGGAGCAGCAACCGUUGUCAUCAAGAAACACCGAAAGAGGAUAAAGAAGUCAACCUAGAGCAAGUCCAUCGGCGUAUGAACAGUUUAAUUGAUGAAGACUUAGCUCACAAGCAACUGUCCCCCGCCUCCAUCGAAAUCUCAGCCUUGGAGAUCGGUGGCAUGUCAUCCAGCCAGGCCCUGGAGCCUGUCCGUGAAUAUCAGAACACACAACUUUCUGUCACCUCUUUUUUACCAGAACAGACAGGCCAUGGGGGCAGCAGGACACUCUCUGGGGCUUCUGUGAGCAACCUGCCCCUGCCACUGAGUAGCUCCGCCACAAUACCCUCAAUGCAGUGUAAACACAGAUCGCCGAACGGAGGACUAUUUCGCCAGAGCCCUGUGAAGACCCCCAUUCCCAUGUCAUUCCAGUCUGUGCCGGGCGGGAUCAUUCCAGAGGCCCUGGAACCUUCCCAUGGAACAUCCAUAUAA